CGGUCACAUUAAACUUAAAAAAAUAAAUAACAAAAUAAGGGUUUAUAGUAAAUAAUAAUACAAUAAUCUGUCGCAGGCAGUCUGUUGGUUGGGUGUGCUGUUGUUUAAAAUUUUAUUAAUGUGUGUAUGUGUGCUUCUACUGGAUCAGUUUUGUUUAGAACUUACCAGCUUACAUCCAUACAUACAUACAUACAUAUGUACGUGCUUACGCGUAUGUAGAUGACACACAACACACUGCAACACACACACAAGCAAUAGUAUAGUGUUAGUGUAUAAAAAGGAACGAACUAAACAAAUUCAAGAUAAAUGUCAGGAUCUUCUUACACAAAUGCUUCGUGACGAAGACAAUAAGUAUUGUGUAGAUUGUGAUGCUAAAGGGCCAAGAUGGGCCAGUUGGAAUCUUGGAAUAUUUCUUUGUAUCAGAUGUGCUGGUAUACACCGAAAUCUUGGAGUCCAUAUUAGCAAAGUUAAAUCAGUCAAUUUGGAUACUUGGACACCGGAACAAGUUGUAAGUCUUCAACAAAUGGGAAAUUCUCGUGCACGUGCUGUAUAUGAAGCUAAUUUACCAGAUACCUUUCGACGUCCUCAAACUGAUUGUAGUCUUGAGAGUUUUAUUCGAGCUAAAUAUGAGCAUAAAAAAUAUAUUGCACGUGAAUGGGUACCACCGACAAUGCCAAAAGUUAAUUGGGACAAAGAAUUAGAUGAAGAAGCUGAAAAACAACGAAGACGAAAAAAAUCAUCAAUUAAAACUAAUGCUGAUCAAAACCCAUUGCCAUUAGUUAAAAAACCGGAAAUUAUGCCGCAAUUGCCAAAGCCCGGUAGCUCAGUCAGUCCAAAACCUCCUUCAAAGACACCAUCUAAUAGCACACCAACUCUUGAUUUAUUAGGACUCGAUAGUCUAUCUGCUAAAACAACAAAUAAUUCAAAUAAUUCUGGUGAUGACAUAUUCUCUUCCUUUUUGUCUGCAACACCUGUCACAUCUUCAUUAAAAACCGAUAGUAUUGAUAAUGCAGAAAAUACUUUGAGUAAUAAUGAAGCAAGUAAAGCUGAUGAAGAAAGUUUUUUCAAUCAACCAGCUCCAACACAAGAAGAAAAAAGUAAAAUGACCAAGGACAGUAUUCUUGCUCUCUAUGGUACUCAGCAAACUCCACAACAGCAACAACAACCUGUUUAUGGUCUUUCUAGUGGAAUUUACACCCAACAAACGCCUGGAAUACAACAAUUUUCUCAAUCACUCUCAGGUGUUGGAGUAUUUGGUCAACAAAAUAAUUUGGUUGGUCAACAACAACCAUUGCAACAACAAAUACAGCAGCAGCAGCAGCAGCAACAGCAUCAAAACUUAGUAAUGACUCCUUUGAUACAACAUAGCGUCAUUCCUCCACAACACGGUAUUGCAAUCACUAAUCAUCACAUUAAUUUAGCAACAAAUCCCAUAGGGCUCGUAGCAGCCACUAAUCAAUUGGGAGGCGGAUUACAAAUGGCUCCAAUUAAUCAAAUAGCUAAUUUAUCAAAUCCAACGAUGCUUAUGCAAACACAAAUGGGUGACAGUAAUGGUGUGCCUGUUAUUAAUAAACAGAUGGUUCAAAUGGGACCAGCUAAUAUUAUAAGUAAUAAUGGAUGGAGUAAUAUGUUAACAACGCAAAAUAUUCAGCCAUCACCAGGAAGUAACCCAUUCUUUAAUUUAUCCAACCAAACUUCUACAAAUAGUACUUUUCCAUCACAGUUGUCUCAGCAGAUGUCUCAAAUGUCCUUGGGUGGAUUGGUAGGGAAAUCAGCACCUGCUACACUCCCUGGUCAAACUCUCUCAACCAACUUGUGGCAGUAACGAUAUAUGUAUUUAGAUUUGGCUUGUUAAUUGAUCCAAUGUUAUAAAAUUGUAUUAAAGAAAGAAAAAGAAAAAAAAACGUUCAUACAUUUUAUUAAACUUGAUGUAUAAUUUUGAUUAAAGAAUAAUAAAUUUUAGUUGCAUGUUAAUAUUUUAAUAUGCGAUAAAUACAAAAUUUUAAAUAUUUAGCAAUGUCAACAAAAUAUCUUUCUGUAUUUAUUUAAAAUUUUGGCGAAUGCAGAAUUAAUGCAAAAUUAUAAUAGAUAAAAAUUAUC